AAUGUAUGAGUAUUGGCAUUUCUGAAACAAUGUUUACUCUUUCUUUUGCUGGGUUGGUGUUGGUCUUUGCAGGCUUAAUUAGUGCACAGCUUGCAGCAGGUGGCAUUCAUGACACUGUGGAUGCAAUUGACUACCAAGAUGCAUUGGAAAAGGCUAUACUUUUCUUUGAAGGACAGAGGUCUGGAAAGCUCCCUUCAAAUCAACGAGUUACAUGGAGGGGAGAUUCUGCUCUUUCAGAUGGUAGCCUGGCAAAUGUGGAUUUGAGAGGUGGUUACUAUGAUGCAGGAGAUAAUGUGAAAUUUGUGUGGCCCAUGUCCUUCACAGUCACCAUGCUUUCUUGGGCAGCAGUUCACUAUAGACCUCAGUUAUCUCAGGCAGAACAACUGAACAACACGCUUGAAGCAAUUCGCUGGGGAACAGAUUUCAUAAUGAAGGCUCACACAAGUCCUACCACAUUAUGGACUCAGGUGGGUGAUGGGAACAAGGAUCAUGGAUGUUGGGAGCGAGCAGAGGAAAUGGACACUGCACGCACAUUAUACAAGAUCAGCUCAUCUUCUCCUGGAUCAGAAGCAGCUGCAGAUGCUUCUGCAGCUCUGUCAUCUGCAGCCAUUGUUUGGAAAAACUAUAACUCUUCCUAUGCAGGAAUAUUACUUAACUUUUCUCAAUCUCUUUUCAACUUUGCCAAUGAAUACAGGGGAUCCUAUUCAGCUUCUUGCCCUUUUUACUGCUCCUACUCAGGCUACAAUGACGAACUGCUGUGGGCAGCAGCAUGGCUUUAUAAAGCUACAAAUGAUCAAACUUAUUUAAACUUUGUUGUGAAUAACCAAGGGUGGAGUCAAAUGAUGUCUGAAUUCAGUUGGGAUAACAAAUUUGCAGGUGCCCAAUUGCUCUUGGCUCAGGAAUUUUUAUCUGGUCAGAAAUCCUUGGAGAAGUAUAAAACCGAUGCAGACUCCUUCAUAUGUGCCUUACUGCCAAAAAGUCCUACAAAACAGAUUACAACUACUCCAGGGGGUCUUCUAUUCAUAAGAGAUAGCAGCAAUUUACAGUACGUAAACACCGCUACAUUUGCAAUGCUUGUAUAUUCCAACAUAAUCAAAGCUGCAAAGGUCUCUUCCAUAUCCUGUGGCGGUGUGUCAUUCAAGCCUUCUGAAAUUCGAAGUUUUGCAAAAAGCCAGGUUGAUUACAUUCUGGGUAAGAACCCAAUGAAUAUGUCUUAUAUGGUGGGUGUGGGAAGCAAAUACCCACAAGAGCUUCACCACAGAGGGGCCUCCAUUCCAUCAAUCCAUGUGAUGCCUGAGAAGGUAGAUUGCAACGAUGGAUUCUCAUGGUAUAACAAAGAUUCAGCCAAUCCCAAUGUGCACACAGGUGCACUCGUAGGAGGGCCAGGUUCAAAUGAUAAUUUCAGUGACAAGAGAUCAGAUUACAGCCAUUUGGAGCCAACCACAUACAUGAAUGCAGCUUUCGUUGGCUCCCUCGCUGCCAUGGUCCCUCGCAAUCCAUAUCCUAAUGCCCACCAACAGAAUGAGUACGUAGCUCAUGAGGCUUGAUUCUACUUACACCUCAUGAAGCUCAAUAGCUAUGAAAUAAAUUUGACUUCUACAAUUAUGUUAAUGUAUCACAAUAUUGUAUCUAUGUUUAUGUCAUUGUACAGAUGAUCUCUGUCUUGUUUAUGUCAUUGUAAUGAUGACCUCUGUCUUGUAGAGAGGCUGAUACGAGGCACAUUAUAUCUAUUCAGAUAUUCGGAUGUACAUUUGAUCGUAUUUAUUAAUUAAAAAUAUGAUCAAAAGUUUAUCAUGAUGUGAAUAGAUAAUACAUAUUUAUGAAAUAGUAGACAAUAUCAAAGUAGUUCUUCCUAGUCGAUGGAGUUCUAAUGUUUUGAAGCUCCAUUGUAUUGAUGAAGUCUUUAGACUUUCAUAUUUUAAUAAAAUAAAUAAAAUCUGAUUUCAUCA